GCUAUAACCUUCACUGUUAAUUAAAACCAGGCCUCUGCACUGCCUGCAUUCUGGACUUGAGACUGGAGACCAUCCAGUUCUUCCCAUUUGACACCCUCAUGUUAUCUCUGGACAACUGCCUGACUUGCUCAACAAACUGAAAACGUCCUACAAGAAUCAACAAGGGAAGAUUUGGGGUCUGUCGGAGCCCUGACGUGUCCUGCUGAGAGUUAAAAAUCUGUCUUUGUUGACUACAUUCUUCAACCAGUGGAGGAAGAGAUGUUGGAAAAUUGGAUUUUGACCAUCCUCGUUUCGUUAGGCGUUGGCUCCGUUCUGAUCCUGGUGGCCACGAUUCUGCUGGUCAAGCAUAACGUCCACGCCAAAAUCUUCUGGAACGAGCUGGUUUUGGAGACGAUCACCAACUUCGUCAUGGAUCAGAGCAAAGAGCAGAGGAUUUUAAAUUCGGUCUCCUACAACGCCAUCAAAGGGGAUCCGGAGAGCGUGUUGAAGUGCAUCGAUAAGUACUGUGGCCAGUAUGAGUGGGCCAUGAACGUUGGAGACGAGAAAGGGAUAAUUCUAGACAAAGCAGUUGAGGAAGCUGAGCCGACUGUCGCUCUGGAGAUGGGAACCUACUGUGGUUAUUCGGCCAUCAGGAUCGCUCGCCUCUUGAAACCCAACGCUCGCCUCCUCACCAUCGAAUUCAACCCCGAGUUCGCAGCCAUCGCAAAAGAAAUCAUUGAAAUUGCAGGACUCAGCGAUAAGGUGACCAUUAUUGAAGGCCAUUCGCAGGAUGUUAUCCCUCAGCUGAAGAAGAAAUACGAGGUGGAAACGCUGGAUUUUGUCUUUCUUGACCAUUGGAAGGAGAGAUACACCCCGGACACUAUUCUCCUUGAAGAAUGUGGUCUCCUGCGCAAGGGCUCCAUCCUUCUAGCCGACAACAUUAUCUACCCCGGAGCGCCAGAGUUCAUUAAAUACAUUCGGAGUAACAACCGCUACGAAUGUACUAGCUACCCUACCUUUUUGGAAUAUAUGAAGGUGGAGGAUGCCAUGGAAAAGGCCGUAUAUCUGGGAUAAAGGGGGAGAGGCAGGGAGGGAGAACUAACUAGCAUUCAUCUCCUAGCUGUACACGCAAGCCUUAAGCAAUUUAGUACUUUCGCUUUCACUUUUUGCCAAUCUGAGCCUUCUGCACGGUUUCAGAGCUGGUUGUAGAUCAGUGUUUCUCAACCUUGACAAUUUUAAGGCAUGUGGACUUCAACUCCCAGAAUUCCACAGCCAGCCACAUGCCUUAAAAUUGUCAAGGUUGAGAAACACUGUUGUAGAUGGAAUUUAGGUAUCCUCAGCCGUCUGUCUGUCUGGGAAAUUCUGUGAGUUGAGGACCACCCAUCUUAAAAGUUGCUGAUGCUGAAGAACACUGCCUUAGCCAAUCCCUUCCGUUAUGGUUCCAUCCUGGUUUGAGCUCUCUUUCUUUCUUUUUCUUCUUCUUCUCCUUAAAAUUAUUUUAAAAAAGCACUUGGUUUGGGUCCCCACUGCUACCCCAGAACUAGACGUCAGCUAGCUUGAUCGCUAAGGGUAAAGGUCUAUUCUUGUCUUCUGCAAGGACCAAUUAAUUUUUUCCCCCAGAAAUACAGAGUUUGGGGGCCAGGGGACACACACAUUAUCUCCUUUCCAAGAAUUGGGGAUUUAUUUAUAUAUAUUUUUUGGGUAAAAUAUGGGACAAAGGAAAAAGUCAUCUUCACCUUUGCUGCAUUCUUUGAACGCUACUAGGACAAUAUAUAGAAAGGCUAAAGUGAUAUCUUCAUAUAUAUAUAAAAAAAACAAUCCACAGCAGCAGUGAUACUCUGCUUAAUAAGUCCAACACUGCAGCCGGGGCUAAAAUCCACAUCCUGUCUCUUGGUCACGUAAUAAAUGUGCUUCUUUUGUAUGGUGGGACUUCAUUUUUCCCCCUUGGAAAGGAAAUGGGAAAAAGCACACACCCAGAUAAGCAGGGAUUAACACCAGACAAACAAUUCAGCAGAAAGCAAUAUCCUGUUCAAGGAAGUACCAAGGAGAAAACUACGUGCUGACCAGCAACCACAGGGCAAAGUACUAUAGAUAAACAGAGUAAACCCCACAUUCCCUCGCGCUGAUGAUGUUAUCUAGUUAGGUAAUGAAAUGUCUGUAACUCAGCCUGUGCAUUCUAGGUGUUGUAGUCCUACUUAUCUGGAAGGUCCUGGUUAUAGAGAUUCAGCUAUGAUUGCUCAGUAAUAAGAAUUGUUAUAUCCACCUCAAAGUGACAUACAUUCUCCACCACUGAGUUUUCAGAUUUAUACAUAAAAUAGGUAGCCCCCUCCUCCCCCACUUCCAGGAACUACUUGUAGCCCUGAGUAAGCAUCGCUCUUUAAAUUGAUGCAUUUCCGUUUCAUCCUUAGUUUCUCUAAAUUAUUGCAAACCUGUGUACCUCUUUGCCCUCUUCUGUUCUCUUCCAAUUUCCUUGCAUCCAACUCUCCCUGCCCAAAAUAAGUUAGAGAAGCAGAAUGUAACAGACAAUAAUAAUAAUAAUAAAACAGCAAAUAAGACUCAAGUGGCAAUUUAAGACUCAAAUAUUUUCAGAGACGAAUUUUUAUCGAUCCCGAAAUACUUCCUUUGAAGAAAGUUGCCAACACGUAACAUUUAAAUCUUCUCCCAACCUCAGCAAGGUGCAUUUUUUCCCCAAGUUAAUUCAGACCCUAAAUAACCCUGACAAUCCUAAUGAAGACCAAUUAGCUAAAUGAGAAAUAUUGGCAGAUCCUGGCAAUUACGUCGGUUUGCUAACAAGAGAACAGGAAUUAGGGUCACCCUCGGUUUAUUUAGGAGACAUUUAAUUUGGUUUAAUAAAGUCCAGCAGAACUUUCUAAGACAAAAGCCAGGAUUUAUUUGCAGUGGCUCAUAAAUACGAGGAAGAAGGUCAAACGUGGGACUCCAUUUUUGAUAGAAUAGAAAUGGCACAUUCCAUAUGAAAUAAAAUUGAGUCCCAGCUAAACCUAGCAGCUUGCUUGUGACAAAUACCUUGAUUAGGGGGGGGGGUGAGAUGUUAGAUUGGCUUCCCACAAUGAUCUUAUGUUGGCAUGGUGAACACAUUCCUGUCAUCAUUCCACCCUCCAAGUUUUUUUUUUUUUUUGUAUAUAUAAAUCUUGCAGGGAACUUGCGUUCCACAAGAUAACCCCCAAAUUGUAGACAUCCAAAUGCUAUUUGUAAAUAGUAAUUCGAUUGCCUGACAGGAAAUCCUGCAGCAGGCUUUUAAAAUCCACAAGAAUCAGCUCCCAAUUUCAAGUCCCAGAUUUGUCUCUCUUUAAACAACCUCUUUUUCAUAUUUUUUUUUCCUUUUGCACACUUACCUUAUAAAAGAGAGCCACCUGCUUAAAACCAAGAAUUCAUCACCACCAUUUCUGAAUAUUGUCAACCAUCUUAGAGGGUUUGAAGGAAGGGAAGCAAUUUAUAGAGGAAAUAUCAGUCCAAAGGGACAGUCCCACCAUACUUGAAUUAUCCUCAGAAGUGAGAUGAAAGGAAUGGAAAGAGGACAAGGAAAGAAACAAAAGUGGCAAAAAGCAACAGGACAAAAUGGCAGCUUCUGCCAAAGCUUAACCCCCAUGAGUUUGAAAAUCAGUUUUAGGCCGACUCGGAACAAAUCACCUUUCCAAACAAAUUUCCUUCCUGGUUUUAAAAUUCUUUAUAUCAUCUCAGUCCUUUUUGUACCAAACCUCAGGCCAGUCCUGGAAUAAAAUAUCAUCUAGUACAGUACAUAGGGGGAACUGGAGACCAGAUGAGAGAGAAGAUCUUGAGAGACUGGAUCAAGAGACACCACCUAAGGAACUAUCAGAUAAGAGAUUGCAUAGCCCAUAGCUGUAUAACGGAAGGAAGUCUGAGAGAGAACCCUCCCUAGUUUUGGGAGUUGUAUAGGAAGGGGGCUGUAAUUUCACACUUGCAACAUUCUGCUAAUCUAGCUUUACAAUUAAGCAGAUUUAAUUUAUCUGGCUGGGUUUCCUGUCUGAUCUGCUUAGUAAGGCUGAUAGAGGGAUUCCCAUAAAUUAUAUUUCAACCAAGUGGCGAACUGGAUUCAGCUGGAUAUCCGAACCAACCACAACCUAAUAUCCGAUGAAUCGUUCAUUACGCCUCCAUCCUCCCAGCUGCUGAGACCCACGAUAAACUCCAGACCAAAAGAUAAUGAGAGCCAUGAAAGGGAAAAAUUAAAAUGGAAAAAGAGAAUGCUUAAUUUCCUCCCCUUACUAGCAGCACCACGGUCAUAUUAGCACACUUGGAAAGAAAGGAGAAGGUAUUGUUUUUUAAAUGUAUAUUUUAGAGAAAGUUGUAAAUGAUUGUGUUAAAAGUAAAGGACUAUGAAACAGAUUUAUUUGAUUAAGGCUAAAAUACAUAUGUUGCUGUUUCUGGUAAAUCUUAAUGGACUUUUGCUGAUUAGGAUUUAAAGAUGGGAGCUUUUAAGAAUCUGUUUAUUGACAAGAGAUAUGUAAAGAAGAUAUCCUUUGUUAUUGUAUCAAGAAAGGUGUAUUGCUUGUAUUUGUCUUGAUGAAGGGUGAAGUCAUUUGUAUGUUUUUUCUUGUCUAUCCAGCCAUCCAUUUGUUGCUCCAUCAGUCAUUCUACCUACCGUCCAUCCAUCUAUCUAUCUAUCUAUCUAUCUAUCUAUCUAUCUAUCUAUCUAUCUAUCUAUCUAUCUAUCUAUCUAUCAUCUAUCUAUCUAUCAUCUAUCUAUCUAAUCUAUCAUCUAUUUUCUUUUUGCACUUUUUCAAUGCAUCUGAUUCCUUUUUACAUUUUUAUUAGUUCCUAUUAGUUUAUCUUUGUAUUUGUAAACUCUAAUAAAAUUUACUAUUUACCAAACAAAA